UACAUCGGAUUCUUACAGCCACCAGCCAACCAGUUCAUAACCGCUAAUAACCAAGUCGUACUUAAAGAUGUGUUCCGGGGGCUGUGCAAAGUGCUUGGGCAUUACCCUCAUUCCCCUCGCUAUUCUGUCUGUUUUGGCCAACAUUUUGCUCUUUUUCCCAGCUGGUAAUGUUGCAAAGAGCAAUGAUCAUAUCUCACGUGAAGUCUUUUACCUCGGGGGACUCUUAGGUUCUGGUGUUCUGAUGAUUUUUCCAGCUCUAGUGUUUCUGGGUAUGAAGAAAAAUGACUGCUGUGGAUGCUGUGGUAAUGAAAGCUGUGGAAAGAGAUUUGCUAUGUUUUCUUCUAUCCUUUUUGCUGCCAUAGGAUUUGUUGGAGCCGCUUACAAUUUCAUUGUUUCUAUAGUUGCUAUAAAUAAAGGGCCAAUAUGUUAUUUGGGAAAAGAAGGUACCGAAGAUAUUUGGGGCUAUCCUUUCGCCGAUGGAAACUAUUUAGGAAACAAGACAUUAUGGGAGGAUUGCAAAACAUAUCAAAUCAAUGAAAAGUCUACAUUUGACACAGAAGUUAUUAUCACCUGGAAUCUCACCCUCUUCUGCAUUCUCUUGAUAAUUGGUGGAGUACAAGGUGUUCUCUGUGCAAUUCAAGCUAUCAAUGGUCUGAUUGGGACAAUCUGCGGGGACUGCAAGUGCUGUGGAUGCUGUGGCAAUGAUGGACCUGUUUAACCCCGAUUUCUUUUUUAUAUUACAUCGCUUGUACUGUCCAAAACAAAUGUGACCCACAAAAAGAGGAAGACGAAUGAAGAGUUCCAAUGACUUUGACUGUACUUUCUUUUGUAAAAUAAAAAAGUAAAACCUUA